AUAAUCUCCAAUCUUUUCCUUCCUCUUUUUCCCCUUUAAAUAAUCUUAUUAUCUCACAAAUCUUAUUUGCCUCUCAACAAAACAAAACCAUAGUUUUAGUGACACUAUCAUAGUGUCAUUAUAAUUCAAAGUUCUAAAAAUGGCUAUUUCUUCCACAAAAACAACAUUCACAUUCAUCUUUUUCUUCCUCAUACUCUCUCUCCCACACUCCACUGCUUCUGCUUCCACUGAUUUCAAUGGAUCAGCCUGCCUCAGAGUUUCACCUCUCAAAUUCAUCAGCUCUGCUGAAGAAGUUAUCACUAUUAUACAACAAGUCACCUCCAUUUUAUCACGCUUCAACAACGGUGGUGUCUUCGGCAAUUCUCAUCUCUCAAAAGCCGUUUCCGAUUGCCUCGAUUUACUCGACUUGUCCGCCGACCAACUUAGUUGGUCCAUAUCCGCCUCUCAGAACCCCAAAGGAAAGGAUAACAGUACUGGAAAUCUAAGCUCCGAUCUAAGAACAUGGCUGAGCGCUGUUCUUGUGAAUCCAGACACAUGUAUAGAAGGACUAGAAGGUACAAUUGUGAAGGGUCUUGUAUCCACCGGUCUCGAUCAUGUAAUGUCUUUGGUGAAGAGUCUGCUAGGCGAAGUACUUCCUGUCAACGACGAACUCGCAACCGCUACCAGUUCGGAUAAAUUUCCUUCAUGGGUUAAAGACAACGACAUGAAGCUGUUACAGGCGGACGAAGUGACUGCGGAUGCUGUUGUGGCUGCGGAUGGAAGUGGGAAUUACCUUAACGUGAUGGACGCGAUAACGGCAGCACCUGAAAGCAGCAUGAAAAGAUAUGUUAUAUAUGUGAAAAAAGGUGUUUAUAUUGAGAAUGUUGAGAUUAAGAAGAAGAAAUGGAAUAUUAUGAUGAUCGGUGACGGUAUGGACGCGACUGUCAUCUCCGGUAGUCGGAAUUUCGUCGACGGUUGGACUACUUUCCGAUCAGCAACCUUUGCUGUAAGUGGUAGAGGGUUCAUAGCACGCGACAUUUCAUUUCAGAACACUGCAGGUGCAGAGAAGCACCAAGCAGUGGCAUUAAGAUCAGACUCCGACCUCUCUGUAUUUUAUCGGUGUGGGAUAUUCGGUUAUCAAGAUAGCCUAUAUACCCACACCAUGCGUCAAUUUUACAGAGAAUGCAGAAUCACUGGCACGGUGGAUUUCAUCUUUGGAGAUGCCACGGCGGUGUUCCAGAAUUGUCAAAUAUUAGCCAAGCAAGGAAUGCCUAAACAAAAGAACACUAUUACAGCUCAAGGACGAAAAGAUCCAAACCAACCUACAGGUUUCUCCUUCCAAUUUUGCAACAUUUCAGCCGACGCUGACCUUCUACCAUCGGUUGGGACCAUCCCGACAUACCUUGGUCGACCCUGGAAGACUUAUUCGCGAACAAUUUUCAUGCAAUCUUACAUGAGUGACGCGAUAAGGCCAGAAGGGUGGUUAGAGUGGGACGGAAGUUUUGCUUUGGACACAUUGUACUACGGCGAAUACAUGAACUCUGGACCGGGUGCUGGACUAUCUAACCGGGUGAAAUGGUCGGGCUAUCAUGUGUUGAAUGAUUCGAGCGAAGCGAUUAAGUACACCGUGGCUCAAUUUAUUGAGGGAAAUCUUUGGUUACCUGCCACUGGUGUAAGUUACACUGCUGGUUUAACCGUGUAAAUUAGACCUUGCAUGUUUCGGUAUAAUAUUGUAUUUAGUGAUUAAAAGAGUUGUGAUUCAUAACGGUUCUUGGUUGUUUUGAAAAAAUCUAUGUAAAAGUUAAAGGAAACGGGUUAAUGACUUAAUAUGUUAACCCCAAUUAAUUUAGUACUUGAUUAUUAGAUA